UUCCACUCGAGUCGUCGCCGUUUGCGCCACCGCCCGCCGCUCUGGCAGGUGACCAGCGACAACGCCGCUGCAACGACAGGAACACACGCACGUUGGCCUUAGAACCAUAAGUGCAGCAGCGGUGUGCACUUCUUUACACCUCCCACACUGAAAAGAUAACAAAUUAGUGGCAGGAGACACCGCCGGCCGCACCAUCUCAAUUACAUUCUAUUCGCGGCAAGAACCAGUCGAAAAAACAAUUAAGCAGCCAGAGAAAAAGACAGAGACCCCGGAUAAAAUGGACCGGAUAAAGACGAUCAGAAUAGCCGCGGCCGAAUUCAUCGGCACCGCUUUCUUGGUGGGUUUCGGCUGCGCCACCUGCACACAGGCCCUCUCCAAGGAGUCCUGGACCAUCUUCCACGCAGCCCUCGGCUUUGGCCUCAUCAUUGCCUGCAUUGUCCUCGUGAUUGGUCACAUCAGCGGUGCCCACAUCAACCCCGCAAUUAGCGUAGGGGUGGCUGUGCUGCAGGUAAUUUCGCCAAAGAUGCUGCUCGUCUACAUCCCAGCUCAGAUCUGCGGAGGAAUCGCCGGCUAUGGAAUGCUCAAGGCGAUGACCCCUUACGCUAUUCUGGAAGCGGACGGCGGCUCCACCGGUUUCUGCGUGAGUGCGCCAAACCCUGCCAUGACCCUGGCGCACGCUUUCAUGGCCGAGUUCUUCGCCACCGCCCUGCUAAUGUUGCUCGUUUGUGCCAUUUUAGACAAGAACGCCGAUCACCAGACUGUGCCCCUGCAAAUCGGUACCGCCAUCGCCGGUCUCGUCAUCGUCAUUGGACACCGCAGCAGUGCCAGCAUGAACCCGGCGAGGUCUUUGGGACCCGCGUUCUGGAACAACUACUGGGACGACCACUGGCUCUACUGGGUUGCCCCUACUGCCGGUUCAGCGGUGGCCGCACUUUUCUACAGGACAGUUUUCGGCUUCAGGAAGGAAGAAGAGCACCGACCUGAACCCCUCCCCCUGCAUGAUAUCGAAGAGAGGAAAUAAAUAUAGCGUUGCGUCUAUGUAGCCCGAAGGAAUCCAAUGAUAUAUUAUGUGUUCACGUUCAAAACGCAAAGUAAUUCUGGGCUAAUUUUGUAGAAUCUCUUAAUCAAGCAAAAUUGGUGUCCAGUUUUAUGAGGAAAUAUAUUCAGCAGAGUGUGCUGUUGUGUCGAACCAAGUAAAGAUUUUAAAACGUGAAUUAAAACGCCUGUUAUUUACAUAAUUA